AUGAGAAACCAUACAGGGAUAACAUUCUUCAUUCUUCAGGGAUUGACAAAUGAUCCACAGUGGCAGGUUCUCCUUUUUAUCUUUCUAUUUCUUACCUACAUACUGAAUUUAACUGGUAACUUGACUAUUAUCACCCUAACUUUCUUGGAUCCACACCUCAAAACUCCUAUGUAUUUUUUUCUUAGAAAUUUUUCAUUCUUAGAAUUGUCAUUCACAACUGUCUGUAUUCCAAGAUUCCUGUACAACAUGUCAACUGGGGAUGAUACUGUGACCUAUGCUGCAUGUUUCACUCAAUUAUUUUUUGUUAUCUUCCUUGGAGCCUCGGGAUUUUUCCUCUUGGCUGCUAUGUCUUAUGACCGCUAUGUCGCCAUAUGUAAACCCCUGCACUAUGCAGCUAUCAUAAACAACAGAGUCUGUAACCAGCUCCUGAUAGGGUGUUGGAUGUCUGGGUUGGUGAUCAUUCUUCCACCACUCAGUCUGGCUUUUCAGUUAGAAUUCUGUGACUCCAAUGUCAUUGACCACUUUUUCUGUGAUGCAUUACCUCUGUUGGAGAUCACAUGCUCUGAUACAGAAUUAAUAGAAAAAAUGAUUUUAAUCUCUGCUGUGUUGACACUCAUUAUCACUUUAGUGUUAGUGGUUCUUUCUUAUUCCUCUAUUGCCAGGACUAUUCUAGGAUUUCCUUCAGCCCAGCAAAGGAAAAAAGCCUUUUCUACUUGUUCCUCACACAUGAUUGUACUUUCGAUGACCUAUGGCACCUGCAUCUUCAUUUAUAUCAAACCUUCUGCAAAAGAAGGGGUAGCUUUAAACAAGGUGGUGACAGUGCUCGCAACCUCUGUGUCUCCAGUAAUGAAUCCCUUUAUUUAUACCUUGAGGAAUAAACAAGUGAUACAAGCUUUUAAAGAUUCAUUCAAAAGAAUUGUAUUGAUCUCAAAGCUGUAA